UCCUCUCUCUCUCUCUCUCUCUCUCUCUCUCUCUCUCUCUCCCUCUCCAUCCUAUUGUCCUCCUCAUGGUUUAACACAGUAGCAGUGGAAGGAAGGUAUUAUAGAGUUAGUGGAUAAACUCUGAACACAAAGGUGUUGAGUCAGACAGAUCUCUGUUAUGUGAGAAUGUGUGUGCGUGUGUGCGUGGCAGGGGCUUAACCUCUCAGUCUCAGGUUUGCUCCGGUCCCAGUAAGGGGAAUCAGUGCUCCCUGUGUGUCUCUUUCUCUCUCUCUCUCUCUGCAUCCUGCGCUCCAGGGGUACAGACAGACAGACAGAUCACCCCUCUGCUCUCUACUGAAUCACUACAGUCUGGGGGAAACUCUAGUCCUUUCAUUUCCCGUGAACAUUUUGGUCAUCUGGCCAUCUGUCCUUCUGUUUACUCCUGUCCUUCUCUUCUCCUCCUUCUUUCCUCUCCCCCUCUUCUUCUCUCCGUGUCCACGACGAGAGGAGUUGUCUGGGGCUUUUCUCACUCCCUCUCCUGAUCUGUUUCCCAGUGGAGCUCGGCGCUUCACUUCUGUUUCUCUCUCUCUUUAUUUCUCUCUCUUUGUUUCUGCCUCCAUCCUUCAUCGCCAUGGAUAUGGGCAGCCUGACAACGGUGGUGGCCAACUCGGCCUACAUCUCGGCGCGCGGGAGUUUCGACGGCACGGCCAACCCGUCCGCCAACCGGGACAAGAAGUACCACGCCCGCCUGAAGCUGCCUCACAUCACGGUGUGCGAGGGCCUCAGGGAGACACUGGACCUGGGCUUCCAGACCGCCUGCGUGGAGCAGCCCAUCGGCAAGCGUCUGUUCCAGGAGUUCCUGGAGGCCAACAACGAAUACAAAGGCCCCUGCCGCCUGUGGAAGGACGUGGAGGAGUACAACCAGGCCGAGGACCAGGACCGCAUUAAGAAGGCCUCCAAGAUGCUCUCUCGCUACAUGGAGCCAAGCGCCAAACACUUCUGCCCCUUCCUGCCGGAGAACGACAUCACCAAGGUGAAGGAGAAGUACGCGGAGGCCGGAGACGAUCUGUUCAUCGAGACUCUGACCAGCGUACUGGACUUCCUCAAGGAGGUCCCUUACACCUUCUACCUGGACAGCAUGCACCUGAAGAGGUUCCUCCAGUGGAAGUGGCUGGAGAUGCAGCCCACGGGAGAGGACUGGUUCAUGGACUUCCGUGUCCUUGGGAAGGGGGGCUUCGGGGAGGUACACGCCACCUCGAUGAAGGCCACGGGGAAACUGUACGCCUGCAAGAAGCUCAACAAGAAGAGGCUGAAGAAGAGGAAAGGCUAUGAGGGGGCGAUGGUGGAGAAGAGAAUUCUGGCACGUGUCCACAGCAGGUUCAUCGUGUCGCUGGCCUACGCCUUCCAGACCAAGACUGAGCUCUGUCUGGUCAUGACCAUCAUGAAUGGAGGAGACUUGAGGUAUCAUAUCUACAAUGUGGAUGAGAACAACCCAGGGUUUGAUGAGCAGAGGGCCUGUUUCUACACAGCUCAGAUCAUACAGGGUAUGGAGCACCUCCACCAGAAGAGAAUCAUCUACAGAGACCUCAAACCUGAGAAUGUGUUGUUGGAUAAUGAAGGUAACGUGCGUAUCUCUGACCUUGGUCUGGCCGUGGAGCUGGAGGACAACCAGACCAAUAUCAAAGGCUACGCUGGGACUCCAGGGUUCAUGGCCCCAGAGCUGCUGAAAGGGGAGGAGUAUGACUGGUCAGUGGACUACUUUACCCUUGGGGUCACGCUGUAUGAGUUCAUCGCUGCCAAGGGACCUUUCAGAACCCGAGGAGAGAAGGUGGAGAACAAAGUAGUGAAGAAGCGGAUUCUGAAUGACCCCGUGGCCUAUCCGGAGAAGUUCAGUGAGAAAGCCAAGUCCAUCUGCGAGGCGCUGCUGUGCAAGACGGUGGACCAGAGGCUGGGCUUCAAGAACGGGUCCUGUGACGAGCUCCGAGCGCACCCCUUCUUCAGCGAACUCAACUGGAUGAAACUGAACGAAGGGAUCCUGGUGCCUCCGUUUGUUCCCGACUCCAAGACUGUCUACGCCAAGGAUCUGGACGCCGUCGGAGCUUUCUCAACAGUGAAGGGAGUCACCCUGGACGACCCCGACAAGGAGUUCUUUGACGAGUUCGCCUCAGGAAACAUCCCCAUUCCCUGGCAGGAGGAGAUGAUCGAGACGGGGAUCUACGGGGAGCUGAACCUCUGGGGGGUCGGAGGGGCGCUGCCCAACGACCUGCGCAGGGAGAGCAUCCUGGAACAGCCCCCAAAGUCCUCCACCUGCUGCCUGUCAUAGAUCAGAGGUCAAGGGGUAGGGAACAUGGAACUCUUUGGUCGCGUUCCCCUGCUCAGACGUUGCAUGCAUCAACCAAUGGUUGUGUGCCACAUCAUUGACUGUGUCAUCGACUGACAGAUUUCUAUAACAUAUAAUGUGGUUAGCUGAUACUGUAAGUAAAAUACCGAUCCAGGCAUUGUCAGAUCUGGCAGGCAUCAGCAACGCCUGGGCACGGGAACGCGCCCUUUAUGAAUAUCACGGCUAGGAAGGAUAUCAUUGACCGGCCGAGUGGAGGAAGUAGUCUCGGCCAAUGGCAGAGAUGUGGUCACGAAGGAGGCAGGUGGAUUUAAUGGAAUGGAAUGGGUUGUAAAUGAUGGAAUGUUUAUUUUGUUUAUUAUAUGUUAUGUAUUAUUAUGUUUAUCAAAAUGAACAAGUUAACAGAUGUUUUAGAUAUCUACACCUGUUUCUUCUCAGUGAAGAAUCAUUCUUUUCUUGCUACUACGGUACAUGGUGAAAUGCACCAUUUAUUGUACUUCACCAAAGAGACAGAAUAGUUAUUUAACAGCCAGCCACUAUGCUGAGAAAACAAAAUGCAGUCACUAUAAUGGAACUAUAAUGGAACUAUAAUGGAACUAUAAUAAAACUAUAAUGGAACUAUAAUAGAACUAUAAUGGAACUAUAAUAGAACUAUAAUGGAACUAUAAUGGAACUAUAAUGGAACUAUAAUGGAACUAUAAUAGAACUAUAAUGGA